AUGCGUGCAUGUGUGUGUGAAUAUAUAAAAAUUUCCAUUGGUCACGGAGUGCACGCGUUGUUGGUGAAAAUGAAGAGUUUAUUAAUAUUGAGCCUUGUGGCAGUUGCCUCGUGUGGCCCAGUGUCUCAAGAUGAAUCAGUGCUUCGUUUUAUGGUCGGAAGUUUUGUGGAUUGCGCGAAAAAUGAUUUAGGGCUAUGCUUGAAGGAGCAAGCGCUAAGGGCAACCGAAAAACUUGCUACUGUUCGCAAAUUAAAAAUCUUCGACGGUGUAGCAAUCCUGAAUCCCAACCCUAAGGAAUCCAGGAGUUUGGACACAUUACCUACUGACCCUGAAGAAAGAAACAAACAAAUUACUGAAAGACUGUGGUCUACUGCUUCCGAUUUGCUGCAGAGAUCUGAACUUGAAUUAAGCUAUGCCAAUGAUGAAGAUGAUGAUACUGAAACCAGGGCUCUUAGUGAAGUUGGAGAAGGUCGCGGUAAAAAGAAGAAGGAACUUAAGAAAAAAUUGAAGAUCCUGAUUCCUUUGAUUCUGCUCGCAACAGCAAAAGCCGUAGCGUUGGUUGUCUUCUCCGUUGUCGUUAUAGCAAUUUCUUUCGCGAAAUUGACCCUUCUUGCAAAACUCGCUUUCUUCUUCAAAGCGUUCAGCAUCAUCAAGGCAUUACUGGCUAAGAAACAUCAACAGCAACAUGAAGAGGUCUGGGCACCUCAUGUUGAAGAUCAUGCAGGUCACGGAGGUCACGGAGGUCACGGUUGGGAACAAGGAUGGUCGCGUUCAAAGAACGAUGCAAAUAAUUUGGCGUACUCAGCCCAUAGGAAGUAAUUUUAUCGUCAACAUCAUAGGACUUACAAUUAUUCGAAUCUAAUUCUAGAUUAGAGUACAGCAUUCGAUACCAUUGUCAAUUAGUAAUUUAUUAAGGCCAGUCUAUUUAUUUAUUUAUUAAGUGUGCGGAAGAAUGAAAUUGUGUGUGAAAUUUUAAUUUAUUUAUUUGUAGAAAUAUAUUUUCUUCUUUUCGGUCAUUUUACAUGUAUUUUGACGGUACCACAUAUCAUGUCAAUUUGACUGAAAAGGAAUUAUAGAAGUAUUUAAUAUUCAUGUAAUAGUAAUUUAAUUAAUUUAUUGUAAAUAUAUAUUUUGUAUUAUAGUAACAUUCAUCUGUUAAAUUAUUCGUAUUUAUGUAUAUAUAAAAUUUAGUUUUCAUUUAUUUAUUCGAAUUGCUUCUAUUAUUAUUUAUUCAUAAAACCAAAUAUUUUAUUUAAUUGUGAUAUUAUUGCUAUAGUUCGAAUACUUAUAUUAAAUUAUAAAAAAUAUUUAUUUAUUCACCAUGUUUAUCAUGAUCUCUUUAUAUUCAAGUAUGUUUAAAAUUAUUGUAUCGUGUAUCACGAAAUCUUUGCAUAUCUGUAUAUAAACGAAUGGAUGUUGUGUAUUUAUUUUGAUACCUUCACUUAAGCCAUGGAAUAAACCAAAUGGAUUAUUUAAAUUGAUACCGGGUUUUAUUAUAAUAACUCACAUUUAUAAUAGUUUUACUUUCACUCCACUUAAUCAACAGCCUCUAUAAUUAUAGAAAAAAAUCUAUAAAUAGUUCUGUUAAAAUUAUCUAUCUGCUUAAAUCAACUUUAAUUAACCAUCACACUACUACUUCAAUGGAAUUUUACAACUCUGACAGAACAAAAAAGUGACAUAUAAGGUGUAAGCUUACAAAAAAGUGAUCAAACAAUCCAAUUAGUCGGUCAAGACCCAAUAACC